CACACCAACAAUUGGGCUGUCUUGGUUGACACCUCAAGGUUUUGGUUCAACUAUCGCCAUAUCGCCAACACCUUGUCAAUGUACAGAACUGUCAAAAGAUUGGGUAUUCCUGACUCCCAGAUCAUUCUCAUGCUAGCUGAUGACAUCUCUUGCAACUCAAGAAACGCAUUUCCUGGCUCGGUCUUCAACAACGCUGCAAGACAAUUGGACCUAUAUGGCGACAACAUCCAGGUAGACUACAGAGGCUAUGAAGUCACUGUCGAAAACUUCAUACGUCUACUAACCGACAGAUGGGGCCCUGAGUAUCCCAGAUCAAAACGUCUACUAACCGAUGAGAACUCAAAUGUCUUUGUUUACAUGACUGGACAUGGUGGCGACGAGUUUUUAAAAUUCCAAGAUGCUGAAGAGAUCAGCUCCUAUGAUAUAGCCGACGCAUUUCAACAGAUGUUUCAAAAGAAAAGAUACAACGAAAUUCUAUUCAUGAUUGAUACCUGCCAGGCAAACACAAUGUACUCAAGAUUCUACUCUCCCAACAUUUUGGCUGUUGGUUCAUCUGAACUAGACGAAUCUUCCUAUUCUCACCAUUCCGAUGUAGAAAUCGGUGUCGCUGUUAUUGACAGAUUCACCUACUACAACUUGGACUUUCUAGAAAACAUUCAAAAGAACUCAACUGCAAACAUCACUCAACUAUUUGAAACCUACACUUUUGAAAACAUACAUUCCCACCCAGGCAUUAGAACAGACUUGUUCAACAGAAAUUUAUCCGAUGUCCUAAUAACUGACUUUUUCGGGUCGGUUCAAAAUGUUUUAAUUGAUCAAGUUGAAGAUGAUUUACUUUACCUA